UCAGCGGUCAUUGGCAAUAAAGAUAUUUUCUAGAACAGAUCAAAAAAGCUUUUUCAACAAAUCAACUUUUGAUUGUGAUGUGCCCGCAGUACUCAGAGCAUAUUUAAAUUCGCGAUUAGUUAUGCUAAUUAAUGUUAAUCUUAAAUUUGAUACUACCCGUGAGCACAAAACAGUGAUUUUGGAUUUUGUUAAUUUUUAAGUGAUGUUGUAUAUGGAUAGACAGAUUUAUACAUGUAAAUACAAGAAGUCAGUGGUACAAAACAUAUAUGUACAAAACUAAAAGAGUAUGUGAGAUUGUUAAGUACAAAACUAAAAAACCCAUUGUAAUGAGCCACACGCCACUGCAGUGCCGCAUCAGUGCCGAUAUCCAAAAUUCCAGUGCAUCAGGACUCAAAAAUUUCAAAAUAAGGACUCACCAGUGUUUUUGAUUCGAGUAAAUUUACAGUGCAGUGAUUUCGGGUAAUUUUUUGUUCUCGUUCCGUCCGCAGAAGUCGAUUGUUUGUAAAAAUGACGACCAGAAAUGUUAUCAGGGCUGUCAGGCGGUUCAGUCGUUUGAAUAUUUUACCAAGAAUGGGAAGUUUUUCUUCGGUACCAAAAAUUCUGAACGCAGACAUUUUGGACCACGACGUGAAUCUACCGAAAAACAUCAGCAGAACCGAGCUGCUCCAGCAUUGUCAGCGACAGCUCAAGACGUAUCCUAUGGUAAAGCGAACGUUUCGGAAGUCCAAAUCAUCUUCAGAGCUGGAAUGCGGCAUGAAGGUCAGAAAAUUGAGCCGAGUAUCUAGAGCUUGUAGUGAUUACAUUUCGGGGCCCAAUACUAUUAGAGUAUUACAAUGGAACAUUCUGUCUCAAGCAUUAGGACAAAUGAACGACAAUUUUUCAAAAUGCCCUGACGAAGCACUAGAAUGGAACCACAGAAGGUUUCUUAUUGUAGAAGAACUAGUCGAAUAUUCUCCAGACGUCAUUUGUCUACAGGAAGUAGACCACUUCAAUUUCAUAAGUCACAUCCUGGAAACCCAAGGAUACACGGGUCUAUUCUUCCCUAAACCCGACUCACCCUGUAUAUAUAUUAACGGAAAUAACGGACCCGACGGGUGCGCUAUCUUUUAUAGAAAAGACAAAUUCGAUUUGGUGAACGUGGAGACUAAAAUUUUGGAAAUUUGGAAGGUGCAGAGCAAUCAAGUCGCCAUCCUUACAAUCCUUAAACUGAAAGAAACAGGACAAGAAAUAUGCGUCACCACCACCCAUCUGAAAGCCAAAAACGGCGCCCUUUUAUCGACCCUUCGCAACGAACAAGGCAAGGACCUUUUGCACUUCGUUCAAUCCCACUCCAGAAACCUACCAUUGAUUCUGGCGGGGGAUUUCAACGCGGAACCCAUAGAACCCAUCUAUAACACCAUUUUGGAGAACCCGUUGGGACUCGGUAGCGCCUACGCUGACUGUGAUACUAAUGUUAAUAAUUCGAAAUCAGCUGAUAGAGAACCUUCGUAUACGACAUGGAAGAUACGGGGGGAGGGCGAAGUUUGUCAUACGAUAGACUACGUUUUUUACUCAAAGAAUAAGUUGGAUUUAGAGGCUGUUUUGGAAUUGCCUACCGGUGAGGAAAUAGGAGAGGAUCGGGUACCCAGCUUGGCUUACCCUUCGGAUCAUUUUUCUUUAGUUUGCGAUUUCAAAAUCGGGAACAGUUAAGGGUCGGCGUUGUAUUAAUUUAUUGUAGAUUUAUAUUUUAAG